AUGAGGAAAGGGAAGCUGAGGCCUGGGAGGUUUGAGGCCAGCUCUGACCCAGGAGCCCAGAGCAGCAGGGACUGUCCUCACCAUGGCAAUAGGAACACAGGUCCUGGAGUCGGGCGGGGAGGCGGCCCUGGGGGCGGGCCGGGGCGGGGCCGGCGGUUGACACCCUGGCGCACGCGGGCCCCUCGCCGCAGACAAUACGCCUCCCGGCUCGAGCGCUGCGGACGCCGCCACCGUCACCACCCGCCGCCACUGCCACCGCCGGACGCGAGAGAAGAAAUGUAUCAAGCAAGACCCCUCUCUAGGAACCUCUUUUUGUACACCUUCCUACAAAACCAUGGCCCAGGCUUCCUGGACGACCAAGACUCAGGGCUUCCCGGCGUGACCAGUAUCUUGGAGUUCCACCCCGUCUCCCCCUACAGUGACAGUCCACACUACCUGGCCAUGCAGCUGGCCUCCAUUGCCGACGAGAUGGAGCUGAGGUUGCUGCUGCCCCAGUUCGAUGAACCGUUCUGGAUGACCACGUACAGCUUGUUUUUCCCCUACAGCCACGUAGGGCUCAGGGAUGUUCUGAGAAGCCUUAUGGCUGCUUUCACCAACCUCAGGGAGAACCGAAGGCUCUGGAGCUUCCUGACUCUCAGGGACCGGGUGUCGCCCAGCCUGUGGCCCGAGCUGGCGCUUUCCCUGCUGGUGGUGGCGAUGCUCAGCUGGGGGUGCCGCCUCCACUGACCGAGCAGCUGGUCAGUGUGGGGGUGGGGCUGGCCCCUCCCCCUCGACCACCACCCUGGCGGUGGCCCGUUUUUGGUUUUGUUGUCUUUUAACUGUUUUCCGAUGAUGCUUUUUUUUUUUCUUUUUUAAUAUUUAAACUCUGAGUGCUGGGACACUGAGGUUCAUACCAGUUUUUUUUCUUGUGUUUUUUUUUUGUAAGAGAAAUGAAUUUAUUAUACCUCUGGGGUCGUUACUGGUUAAUGACCUGCUCUCCCAGCCCCAGCCGGCUCUGCGGUGGCCUGUCCUGAGACGGAGCCUCCCUCUCAAGGGUUGGUCGAACAGGGGGCGGCGGGGGGAGUGCUGGUCACACCCCCGUGUCUGGGAUGCCCGUGGCACAGAGAAUCUGCUGGAAUAGAUUUCUGCGGGGCGAAGAGAGCUCAAUAAAAUGUUGCUUUCCAGCCAGUCUGUGGUCCUGUCUGGGGGUCGGUGGG